AGGCGGCUAGGCUGUCCGCACCCCCAGCCCUCCAGGGAAUGGCGCUGGGGGUCCGGGGGCGCGGGGCUUCGGGGCAGGGUCUAGCCUCGGAGACCCCGGUGACGGCCACAGCACCGUCCAGUGCUGUGAGCUCCCGCCGCUUCCUGCUCUGGCUCUACCUGGUAGGCUUCUUGGACCUGUUUGGUGUCAGCAUGGUGGUCCCAUUGCUGAAUCUUCAUGUCAGAUCCCUCGGAGUAAGUCCUGUAGUGGCUGGAAUAGUAGGCUCCUCCUACGGCAUUUUGCAACUCUUCUCCAGCACCUUUGUGGGCUGCUGGAGUGAUGUGGUCGGAAGACGGUCCUCCUUGCUGGUGUGCAUCCUGCUCAGUGCCCUGGGCUAUCUCCUCCUCGGAGUGUCCACCAAUGUGUUCCUGUUUACACUGGCUAGAGUCCCCGUGGGUGUUUUUAAACACACCCUCUCCAUCUCCAGAGCACUGCUUUCUGACCUGGUCACAGAGAAGGAGCGGCCACUUGUCCUGGGACAGUUCAACACAGCCUCGGGCGUAGGCUUCAUCUUGGGCCCUGUGGUUGGUGGUUAUCUGACGGAAUUGGAUGGUGGGUUCUAUGUGACAGCCUUCAUUUGCUGCUCUGUCUUCCUCCUCAAUGCUGGUCUAGUCUGGCUGUUACCUUGGAGAGAAACAAGCCUCCACAUCCCAGACAAAGGUUGGAGCUUGGAUGGGAAGCACACUACAGUACCCACAAAGUCAGAAGGUACACUGCAGGGAGCAGCCACCACCUCUGCGGCCAGGAGGAGUGAGAGGAAAGUGCAGGCACCCUGGGUUGAAGUCAUGUCGGCCCUGAAAGACAUGAAGAACCUGAUCUUUUCUGCCCUGUGGGACGUAUUCCUCAUGCGUUUGCUGAUGGGGGUGGCCGUCAUGCUGUACUACAGUAACUUCGUCUUGGCCCUGGAGGAGCGUUUUGAGGUACGGCCCAAGACCACAGGGUACCUCAUCAGCUACACCAGUGCGCUGGGCACGCUGGCUGGCUUCGCUGUGGGGCCCAUUCUACGGCUAUACAAGCACAACUCAUACAUGGUCCUCCUGCACUCCAGCGUUCUCACCUGCCUGCUGCUGGUAGUCUACUCCACGACUGGCUCCAUGGCCAUGGUGGUCUUCUCCUCGACACUUCUGUCCUUCUCCACCACUAUUGGCAGAACCUGCAUCACGGACCUCCAGUUGAGUGUGGGCGGAGCCCAGACCAGCGGCACCAUCAUAGGUGUGGGCCAGUCCGUGACUGCAGUGGGCCGCAUCCUUGCCCCCCUCCUCUCUGGAGUGGCCCAGGAGAUCAGUCCCUGUGGCCCCCCAAGCCUGGGUGCUGCUUUAGCCCUGGUGGCUAUUUUAAUCAUGACUCUAAACAGACCUCCCUUCAGUGGGGAUGGGAGUAAGAGCCUCAAACGGGAGUAGGAUUGGGACUACUUGGAGAAGCGGGUGUAGAGCCAGGCAACUCUGGGUCAAAAAUGGGCACUUAAGAGACAGUGAGUGGUCCAAGUGUAGUUAUUCCCACAUGGCUGACCCCGGUCCUCAUCUGCACAGGCAUGCCACCAGACCAAUCAGAAGUCAGCCGCAGAUAGGGAAGUUUAGACUGAGCACAGCCCUGCCCCAUGUCAGAAGCUUGCCUGAGAGGCUUGCUUCUCUUCCCACCUGGGCACAGUGGAGUUAACAUUAGCUCGUAGGGAAAGGCAGCAUGCUACAAGAGGUGGGAGCGGGAAUGUGGAGAGAAGCCUCCGUGUUAAUCGUGGACUGGUCACCUGUCUGGAAUGUACCUCCCCAUAAUCCCAGAAGCCAAGCAGCUUCUCUGCCCAAAUCCCAGAGACCAACCAACGCAGCUGCUUUAUUUAAACCCUGGUAACAUCAGAUGCUGAGCCCUUUCCCCCAGACAUUCAGAUGCGCAGACCUCAAUGAAGUCAGACCUGUGGGCUUCUCAGCCCCUGUAGCCAUUUCUCAUGGAGGGGAGAGGACCAGUGAUGCAUGAUAGUUUUGAUUAAAGUAAAAAUUGCAGAUUGCACUGUUUUUAAUAGUUAACUGUACAUGGCCCUUAAACCUACUGAUUGCAAUUAGGGUACACAACCUUUCCCUCCUCUCAGGAGUCAGACUGCACUAGGAACAAACAACUUUUGGGGCUGCCUUCUCUCCUCUUUGGGACUCAGGCACAUUGGGCUUUGGAUAGCCCCUCCAGAGCCCCAACUUCUGGGAUCACAGACCCAGAAUCCACAUUCCAUAUAACCCUCUUGACUAUUCCUUUAGUGUGCGAUGCCCAUUUUCAACCUAACACACAUGUAAUUGUGAGUGAUUCUUCACUAAUUUUUCAUAACUCUAAUGUUUACUGUUUAUAAAUCAGAAAAAAAGGGUGUUUUCAUAGUUUUAGAUGUUGUAUGUGGGAUAAACUCAAAUAUUUAUGACUGUUGGAAGUAUAUUUUCCUCUCUGGCUGUGAAAAAACCAAUUCACUUUUAAGCUGUUUCCACUCUGAAUUUAACACAGGCGCCAAGAACUCUUAAGGGACCAAAGCGUGGUGCCGGUGGCCACAUCCUCAUACAGCAUCUGAAUGUCACAGAGAUGGGCCCUAGAGCGACAGUGAUUGGACUGGUGGUAUGAUGUCAUGAAGUAAGGUUUCAGAAGUGCUUCUACCAAGGCUAGGCUCUCAAAGUCAGUGGACUUUUCUUUCAGAUGCUUAUAGAAGCCAUGUUUGUAUUCUUAAAACCGUAGCACUUUAUUUUUUAAGUGAAACAAACUUAGACUUUAAAAUUGAUAAGAUACACGGAGAUACUGACAACCCAGAACCACCAGUAUCUAGAGAAACACCCGUUACCCUAUAUUAGUGGCUUUAGGAAUUUGUUAACGUGAUGGUCUUUUUUCUGCUCUGCCUUCUGGUAGACAGUUGCUCACAUCUCAUCUUGGCUGGUGUCUUGUUCAAAGUGCGGUCCCUAGACCAUCACGUCCUGGGAUACGCUCAUGCUCCAGCCCCAGCAUAUUCCUGCUGAGGGUCACUUUGAGGAGCCAUGUAGGCAAUUUGCUUACACAGAAAACUUGGGCAACCACUGGUCUGGUGAAUGGAGUUUACAUCAUUUUAUGGGGUAAAAAUCUCAGGGAAAUUAAAUCU